AUGGCAGAGAAUCAGGCUAUAUUGAACUCAGUUCGUCAAGCUUUGGCACUGGCGCGUAUUGGUGUCAAUGCAGAUAAUCGUGGAGACUAUGCAGCAGCGAUAACAAAUUAUAGAGAGGCGGCUAACCUUUUGAACUCGCCCGAGGACCUCACAACAUUGAACGAUGAACACUAUCAGGCCAUGCUCGAGAAGGCCAAGCAGUACCAAGCGAGGGCAGACGUUCUCGAGUCUCUAUUGAAUCAACAAAAUGGAGCAGCAGCAGCAUCACCAACUAAAGAGAAUAUAGUGUUUGUGGAAGAGAUACCUUCGGGAUUGAGCGCUGAUACAGUGCCAGCAUUCGCAUCAUACAAGCCAUUCUGGCUGAUGAGGGUGCUGUCCAAGACGAUCACGACGGGCGCCUACCUCACGCCCAAACUAUAUAUACCCAAGGCUGUUUGGCAACAGACAGGUUGUAAGAUAUUAGCUAUUACGGCCAAGAUUCAGAGUUUGGUCGAGCUGCAAGAGUACCUGGCGAAGCUAAAGACGCUGUCGACCAAGGAGAGCGACAUGCCAUUCGAUCGCAAGAACAUGGACACGAUUGCCAAGGAGACAGACAUCUUUUGCUCGCAGCUCGACAUCAUCCAGAACGCGCUACACUUCCAUCUGUCAUUCAUUCCCGAGAUCAAGAUCGAGAAGAAGGAGGAGAAGGGCUGGGCCGGUAAGGUCAAGAAGCUGGGCACGUCGCUGGCCAAGGGUGCCGUGCGUCUGGCGCCCUCCUCCAAGCUGGAGGGCAUCGACUACGUCGGUCUGCUCAACACCGUGUUUGAAGAGAGUCAGUUCCUCGAGUCGUGGAUGAACUGCUGCGAGAGUCUGGGCAACCAAGCCCUGUCCAACAAGCUGCGUCGCGUCGGCGAGUUCUACUCCGUGGUCAUAUGCGCCUUUGUCAUGAAGGACUUCACCAUCUUGCUGGACAGAUACAUGCGAAAGAGUCUUCAAAGUUUCAUCAAACUCAAGCCGGCCAAGGCUUAG